GUUCGGUUUAAAGAGGUGUUACUGUUAUACUGCAAGUAUAUAGAAUGGAGUUUCAACUACUUUGCCAUCUACUUUGAACGUUUUGUUCUAAGAGACUUCAGUCCAACAGAAAGGUGCAUGGUCUUGGAUUUUACAUAUAUUUAGUAGCAAUUGUGGAUAGAUUUUCAACCAAUUGACAUGGCUGCUAAAGAUUCAUCAACUCUGACUGGUGAGGGUUUGUACGUCAUAGACAUUGACAAAGUAACAAAUGAAGAAUACCUUGACAAGGGCAGUUUUGGUAUGGUGUAUAAAGCAUUACAUGACGACUGGGGAGAAGUGGUGGUGAAGCGAAUUUUUGAAAAUACUGACGUCAGUGAAAGUGAACGUAAAGAAAUGGUGGAAGAAGCCAAGAAAAUGAGCGAAGUCCGCAGCGCACACAUUGUGAUGUUAUAUGGUGUUAUUGCUCAUCCCUCACAAUACUCCUUAGUGAUAGAAUACAUGUGUUAUGGUUCCUUGAACAAUUUCCAGUCCAAGUACAGGAUCCCUUGGGCAUUGAAAGCUCAGAUGGUCCACCAUAUUAUUCUUGGAAUGAAUUACCUUCACAAGACUGCCAAGAUUGUACAUCGAGAUUUGAAAAUAGAUAACGUGUUGGUUGGGAAAGGAUUUCAAGUCAAGGUUGCUGAUUUCGGUUUAGCUGUUUGGAGAACGUACUCAAGAAAAUAUGUGAAGAAAAGAUCAAGGCGUUCAAAGGGUACAUCUGGAGCGGGUACCAUAACACACAUACCACCGGAACAUUUGAAAAAUGUGAACCUACGAACGGAAUUUACAUUUGAUGUCUACAGUUUUGGAAUUACACUGUGGGAAAUGUUUACUGAACAUAUUCCAUAUAGAAAUGCUAUAAACUCCGCUCACAUCUUCAAUGCUAUUGAGAAUGGUCAGCGUCCAGAUAUAGAAUUGGUUCCGUCUGAGUGUCCAGAAUUCUUGAAACAAAUGAUGGAAGAUUGUUGGCAUGGCGACCCAGUAAGAAGACCAUCAUUCGGAGCCUUGAAGAUCACUAUAGAAGCUAAAUGGAAAGCAGAGUUCGCUAGCAAAAUACAUGAUGCUGAAAUGGAUGUUCAAAAUCAAAUUAAGAUCAGGAAACUAAAACUGGAAGGAACAACGUCUACAGGCAAAGGUGUUUACCAACCUGAGGAUGGUGAUCAAAUGAAAUCAUUAACAAGUAAAAUGACUAAAGUUUCGUUUGCAACACCAAUUAGAACAGAGGAAGGAGAUCUUGCUGAAGAUGGUGAUCCAAAGAACAAUAGUAAAUCAGAUUCUAAAUCAUCCGAUAUGUCAUAUCGUGAUCCAGUCCCAGAAACUCAACCCAAAGGUUCGUAUCGACCAUUUAGUCAGAAGCCUGCUACUGACGCCGUUGCUGAGGGAAAAGAUCAGAAGUCACAAGGUGUUCCACCACAAGGUGUUUCAAGUGUUCCACCACAAGGUGUUCACGGUGUACCACCACAAGGUAUUCAUGGUGUACCACCACAAGGUGUUCAUGGUGUACCACCACAAGGUGUUCAAGGUGUUCCACCACAAGGUGUUCAAGGUGUUCCUGGUACCUACACAUAUCCACAAGUGUUUUAUCCACAAUACUAUCAAGCUCCACCGAUAAACGUAUAUAAAUAUGGUACCGGAGAAGGAACCAGUGCGAUUCACAUAACCGGCUCGAAAGGAGUCCAGAUUGGUAACCAAAAUGUCAUGUAUGUUGGUAGUAAAGAAUCUGAACAGAAACCUAACAUGCAAAGGUCUAAACAGGAGGAAAAGGCAGUUAUCAAAGUUACAA